GCAAGGGGAGGGUUUAAUUACUUCAUCACCUUCACUGAUGAUUUGAGUAGAUAUGGCUAUAUCUACUUGAUGAAACAUAAGUCGGAAUCUUUUGAUAGAUUCAAAGAGUUCCAAAGUGAAGUAAAAAAUCAACUUGCUAAGACAAUAAAAGCACUGCGAUCCGAUCAUGGUUUAAUUACUUCAUCUAACUAUAACUAUUUGGAGUGUAGGUUCUUAUCAGAUGAAAGUGAAAGGACUGGAGAUUCAAAUAUUGGUUUCAUGUGUCCUAGUAUGAUCUCGGAGACCAUGCUACGCCAUGAACCAGAUGCCGCGAUCAACUAUAUGCAAAGGACAUUGAGAACCAAUCGAAAUAUGAAAUUCAUCAUGCUUCCAUACAUUGAAAGUCAACAUUGGAUUCUUCUCGUCCUUUCUCUACACAAAAAAACGGUAUAUGUAUUUGAUUCGCUUAGGAGAUCAGAUAGAUCCUUAGCUAUCAAGGAACCGUUGCAUACCGCAUAUACAUCAUUCCUGCUCCUUGAAGGUAUGAAAAAGGCAACAAAAUUGUCUUGGAUAUCUAUGAAGUGUGCUCAACAAACGGGAGGAGAUGAAUGCGGCUAUUUCGUUAUGAAAAACAUGUUUCAAAUCGUCCGCUAUCUCUAUGAGUCAAAUGAUUUGAAGAAGGUAUGUAUGUUGUAA